UAUAAAAGUGCGUGGUCGAGCGUCCUUUCAUAACUUUCAACAUCUCUUCCUGCCACCACAACUGGAGUAAGCCAUACUCCGCUUUGUGCUAGAAGAUCGACGCACAGAAUCUCGUAGUUUGUGGUGUAAACUUUCAAAAUUCAAACAAGAAUGAAUGGUCUUCCUGCGUUUGUGUUGCUCCUGGUGGUUGUAUAUACCGCUGAUGCUGCCUCGUUCAAUCUAUUAAGCGAAGAUGUUCAAUGGGCCGCUUGGAAAACGUAUCAUAAAAAGAACUAUAAAGACGAAUACGAAGAGGGAUUCAGACGUGCUAUUUGGGUAUACAAUUUGAAGAAAAUUGAAGAGCACAAUGGUGCAAAGCCGUUCCAAUUGGCCAUGAACCAUUUUGGAGAUUACACAAAUUUAGAAUACAGGCAUCUUAUGCUUGCUACAAAGUACGAUCCUAGUGCUAAGAGAUCUGGUUCAACCUUCCUACCGCCAUCAAAUGUGAAACUAAAUGCGUCUGUUGACUGGAGAAAAGAGGGAUACGUCACAGGAGUAAAGAAUCAACUUCAAUGUGGAUCUUGCUGGGCCUUCAGUGCAACCGGAUCUCUUGAGGGACAGCAUUUUAAGAAAACAGGAAACUUGGUUUCACUCAGCGAACAGAAUCUUGUUGAUUGCUCAAGGGAUUACGGCAACAAUGGUUGUGAAGGUGGUUUGAUGGACAAUGCCUUCAGAUACAUUAAGGCAAAUGGUGGUAUUGACACGGAAGCAAGUUACCCUUACACUGCGCGGGAUGGAACCUGCCAUUUCAGCGCAAGUAAUGUUGGUGCAACAUGUACAGGCUAUACUGACAUUACACAGGGUUCUGAGGAUGAUCUAAAAACUGCAGCUGGUACUGUGGGUCCUAUCUCAGUUGCAAUUGAUGCUAGCCACUUCUCAUUCCAAUUCUACCAUCGUGGUGUCUAUAGUGAGCCAAUGUGCAGCUCAACCAAACUUGACCAUGGCGUACUGGUUGUAGGGUAUGGUACAUCUGGUGGUAAAGACUAUUGGCUUGUUAAGAACAGCUGGGGACCUAGCUGGGGUUUGGAUGGAUACAUCUGGAUGACAAGGAAUGACAAUAACCAAUGUGGUAUUGCUACAACUGCGAGUUACCCUCUUGUUUAGAGGUCUGGAGACUGGAGUCAUGAAACUUGGCUGAAACAUUGAUUUUAUUAAUAAUUUUGUUCUGUAGAUAAAACAGUUAACGUUUAAUAAUUUUCUCAUUAAGUUGAGGUAGGAACAAACGGCUGUAUAAUAUUUUGUUGAAAGGUUUUCAAUUCACUAAAUAUUUAUAAGAAAAUAAAAGUAUACAGAAGAAAUAUGUAAUAAUACUAUGGUUUGCAUAUAUAUAUAUGUAUUAUAUGAUUUUUUGUGAAAUAU